UGGCCAACUCCAAAGGCUUCAUCAUCAUCUAUCCGAACUCCAAGUCGGGUGGUGGUUGCUUCGAUGUUGCUUCUACGGCCUGUAAGAAGUCUUGCAUUACGAUGAGCAAGAACAUAUCUAAUCAAUACCAUAGCGCUCACUCACAACGGCGGUGGUGACUCCCAAACCAUUGCUAACAUGGUCAAGUACGCCGUUGACAAGUACGGUGGUGACUCGGAGAAGGUUUUCGUCACUGGAUCUUCUUCUGGAGCUAUGAUGACCCAGGUUAUGGCUGGUGCUUACCCCGAUGUGUUCAAGGCCGCAUCUGCGUACAGCGGCGUGCCCGAUGGUUGCUUCUUCGUCCAGGGCGCGACGGCGACGCAGGAUCCCCCGGGCUGGAACAACGCCUGCGCAAACGGCCAGACCACCAAGACUGCGCAGCAGUGGGGCGAUGCUACCAGGGGAUACUUCCCUGGAUACAACGGAACUAGGCCCAGGAUGCUCAUCUGGCACGGUACCGCGGACAACACUCUCCGCUACCCCAACUACCAGGAAUCGCUCAAGCAGUGGUCCAACGUCCUGGGUCUCACGACCUCGAAGACUGCGUCUAACACGCCCCAGAGCGGAUACACGCAGACCAUCUACGGCGACGGCGACUCGAACACUGCGAAGCUUGUCGGCUACAGCGGCCAAGGUGUAGGCCACACCGUCCCAGUCCACGAGUCUGCUGAUAUUGCUUUCUUUGGUAUCUAAAAGUGACGCUCGGGCAUAGAGAUUCGCCGGAGAGUAGGGACAAACUCUAGAAAGGACAAUCAGUCGUUGAGGCAAUCAAAACUUCUUAAGAACAGUAAUACGUGCUACAACUGAACACUGGGAAUCUGAUACGAAGGUCUCAUCGCCCUGCGUUACGUUUCGUGAUUUUCGAAACCCGAGCUUGAGUAAUCGCAUGGCGGAGAC